AUGGUGAAGCGGCAUAUCGUCAACGACAAGCAACAGAAAAGCAUCGCGUUGUCACCUUUGCCCGACGUUUCAUCGUCUGCAACAAAGCGUGUUGUAUCGUCCUUUGGCCCGCAGUCAAAGAUUGACUUUAGCCAUUGCCUAUACCGUCAUGAGAGCACCGAGGCGGCGAGCAGUUACAUCAUUCGCAGUGAAACAUCAGGCAGUCGCACGCUCGUCAAUUACAACGACCUUCCAGAGAUGACCGAAGACGAGUUUGGCACUAUCGCGCAAAGUUUCGGAACUGACCAGGAGACAUGGUGGCACUUUGAGGGCCGGAUCCCACAAACCGUACAAAACUGUAUCCGUCUGUUGCAUAACCUACUACCGAAAGCAACUAUCAGCGUCGAAGUCGAGAAGCCUGGCAGGGAAGGUCUGUCGGGAUUGGCGGCCGAGGCGGACGUUGUCUUCUACUCGCGAAGUUGGGCUGAGAGUCGUGGUCACAAAACCCCGGAAGAGUGCCUGAAAGCCGAAGGGCACCACAAGGCGUCACUGGCAGUUUGUACGUGGGGUGAAGAUGGAGCUGCUGGACUGCCUCGGUCGACAGGCCAGACUCUUCGCUGCCCCUGCCCUGUCCAGAGCAAAUCCGGAGGAGAUAUUUCCGUGGUUGAUCGCGUAGAACUGCAGGAACUGACCACUGUCCGAGAUAUAGUGCCGUAG